GCUUUGAGGUAUUUGCAGGCUGUUCAUUCUGCAUUAAAGUUCAGAGGCGCUCGGGGUGUGGCCGCGUUCAGACAUAGGCUUAGGAGGUCUUUUUUUUUUUUCCUUAGUCAGGUUACGUGUGUGCAAACUGUUUAAUGCGAGUAGACAGGACAGAGGAGAGGAGAGGAGAGUAGAGAGAGAGAGGGUGGGAGUAAGUGAGUGAGUGAGUGCGGCGGCGGCUUUGUGCGGUUUGAACUGAUCAGUGCGCUCUUCGGCGUUCGAGCUCACGCGCUCCAGCGGCUUCUGUUCUGUUUGAACAUCUGGACGUGUCUGGGGCGCGCGAGGCUAUUCAGUUUCCCCGCGGCAACUUUGAACCAAGCGCUUUCAGUGUGCGGGGGGAGAUUUCUCAUGUCAUUCGGUUGAUGGAGCGUCGCAGGCCUUCUGCUCGUUUUUCCCCGAGUGCAACUUUUUAAAUUCGUGCCAUAUUUGCGUUCCGUUUAUCCGCCGCGUGCGCCUUCUUCACCAUUUCCGUUUAGUCUCGAAUAACUGCGCUCGAACCGCACGCUUCUUCCCUGCUCCGCCCCAGCGGCUCGGCGCACCGUUGGUUUCUGUUUUUGAGUUGAUUUGCCUUUUAAAGGCGCAGUUGGGCAGCGAGCUGGUUGCUUGCUCGAAGCCAUGGGCUGCACGGUGAGCGCCGAGGACAAGUUGGCCGCCGAGAGGUCGAAAAUGAUCGACAAAAACCUCCGGGAAGAUGGAGAGAAGGCGGCCAGAGAGGUGAAACUGCUCCUGCUCGGUGCAGGGGAGUCUGGAAAGAGCACCAUAGUGAAGCAGAUGAAAAUCAUCCACGAAGACGGCUACUCGGAAGACGAAUGUAAGCAGUACCGAGCUGUGGUGUACAGCAACACCAUCCAGUCUAUAAUGGCCAUCAUCAAAGCCAUGAGUAACCUCAAGAUCGAUUAUGGAGAGCCAGCGAGAUCGGAUGAUGCAAGGCAGCUCUUUGCACUGUCUGCUGCAGCAGAAGAGCAGGGAAUCCUCCCAGAUGACUUGGCCAACGUGAUCCGCAGACUGUGGGCUGACAGCGGGGUACAGGGCUGCUUCAGCCGCUCCAGAGAGUACCAGCUCAAUGACUCUGCUGCCUAUUAUUUGAAUGAUCUUGAGAGGAUAGCACGAGCAGACUACAUUCCCACCCAGCAGGACGUGUUGAGGACCAGAGUGAAAACUACUGGCAUCGUCGAGACACACUUCACUUUUAAGGAACUGCACUUCAAGAUGUUUGAUGUUGGAGGGCAGAGAUCAGAACGGAAGAAGUGGAUCCAUUGCUUUGAAGGAGUGACCGCCAUCAUCUUCUGCGUGGCUCUAAGUGCCUAUGACCUGAUGCUGGCUGAGGAUGAAGAGAUGAACCGUAUGCAUGAGAGCAUGAAGCUCUUUGAUUCCAUCUGCAACAAUAAAUGGUUCACAGAGACCUCCAUCAUUCUCUUUCUCAAUAAGAAGGACCUGUUUGAGGAGAAGAUCACACGCAGCCCUCUCACCAUCUGCUUCCCGGAGUAUACAGGAGCCAAUAAAUAUGACGAAGCAGCGAGUUACAUCCAGACCAAGUUUGAGGAUCUGAACAAAAAGAAGGAUACAAAAGAGAUCUACACCCACUUUACCUGCGCCACCGACACCAAGAACGUGCAGUUUGUGUUCGAUGCGGUCACUGAUGUCAUCAUCAAAAACAACCUGAAGGACUGUGGGCUUUUCUAAUGACAAAGUCAAGGAGUAUGCCAAGAAAGAGCUCAGCUGUGUGGUGCACCUACAUUAGCGUCGGUCAUCACAAUGCCAGACUGCCUACAGCCAUCCAGACAAACGCUGAAUUUUCAUGUAAUACCUUUUUGGGGGGGGAGGACCAAGAACCACAACAAAGAGAAAAUAUAUAUUGUUGAAUCCCACCAGUCACUGAAUUCCAAAAUACCCUUUCCUAUACCUAAUUUUUAUUCUUUUUUUUUUGUAAAUAUUUUUGAGCUUAUUUUCUUUAGAAUUAAAAAGGCAACAAAUUGUUUUGAGGUUUCUCUUUGCUCCUUGGCUUUUGUUUGAGUCUGACCAUGCAAAAGAAGAAAGUGAGGGAGGAAAAAAAUUUGAUAAAUAAACGUUCCUUUUCUUUAACAGAUGCUUAAAUCUUCAUAAACGUUCCUGUGUAAUAUGUCUUUUGUAAAAGCUAUGUGAACACAGAUCGAGAUCAAUAAAAUUUCUGCUUUGGGUUGUUUUUUUUUUUAACGACUUACAUGUGGAUUCCACAUUCCUGGUUUAACUGUACAAUCUGCUGUGUGAUGGACCACAUUUAAAAUGAAUUAUAAUAAUAAAAGAACAAAUAGCUUGCUCUGGUUCCGCCACAGUGUGACACGCUCGCAGUAAUUUGUCUUAUGCAUUUAACAUUCUGAAAUCCUAGCUUCACUUUGCUCAACACUGUACAACUGUGACUAAUAUGUAAGAUGCAUAACUUGUCUUCGCACGUCCUUUUGUGUUCCUGCCCCAACUCUCUCUUCUGUUUUGUGCCUUGACUUCUGUUUUUUUUUUCCACAUUGUCUGUAGAAUUUAGAGCAAUUUCAUUUUGCAGUAUCUAAUGAAGAAUUUAAACAUAAGGUUUGUGGUUUUAGGAGAUGAUAAAAACGUGGCCGCUAUCUGAUGAAUAUGAAAAUGACAUGAAAUGUUUUAUUGAAAAUAAAUUUUGAUUUCACAACCGUGAA